CUCAUCCAUCCUUUCCGCUCGCAUCUCACGACGAUACGGAAACACUAGGCCCCUUAUUCAUUCGACUGUAGCCAGCCCGCACCGCUUCGCCCACGCCCCCGCCCCAUCAGCGCCCCGCUCAUUUCUUACACCGCAUAUCCGCUGCCGCGUCUCUGCCCCGCCGCCUCAGCUCCUCGCAUGCGCCUCUCCCAUCCGCCGUCGCGCCUGUCCCCUCCCCCAGGCGCAUCCAUGCAGGAGCUUAUAGCGGGCGCGCGUGAGGCCGUCCCGGCUGCCCCUCCGAAGCGCAAGGACGAGGAACGCGUUCCGAAGCGCGGGUAUCGCGCCUGUGUCCACUGUCGCCUCCGGAAAGCCAAGUGCGACCUCGGGGACGUCAACGCCCCCUCCGAGCCCCCAUGCACACGCUGCCGUCGCGAGCAGCGAAACUGUGUCUUCCUUCCUAGUAAACGCCGCAGAAAGACUGGCGACGAGGAGCUCAAGCCUGAGAUCUAUCCCGCGCAUGGAAGUGCCGGUGGAAGCAUGGGCGCAUUUGCUACUCCAGGAGGUGCAGAAACAAGUACUCCCUCUCAUCCCGUAGCAAACAAUUACCCCGCUCAGCCUAAUACACUCCGGCGCCCUCCGAUGCCGGGCGACGAUCUGCGGCCGUGGCAUGAUACCAUGGGGCUCGGCGGGUUCGAGAGGGCUUCGCCAUAUGUCGACCCACCCACGCACACCACAAGCAGCAGUCUCGGGUCAACUUCUACAACGAGUCCCAACAACCCAACAGGAUCGAGAAGGCGACGCGAGCCCGAUGCCACGAGGCGGAUUGUCGUAGCGAGCUUUAACAACGAAACAGACGCGCUUGAGAUUCUCGCCAAGGCUGCUACAGAUGCCGAUGGCGACGGAUCUGCCGAGGAGAAGGAAAGCGCGCUCGAGCGCAAGCGCGUAUCUUGGGCCGACGAUGCGGGGCGACAGAACAUCAACGAGUUCGUGCUCGUCCGACGCGGGAUUCUGGACGAGCAGCGCCUUGAAUUGCUCGUGAAGGUGUUCUUUCAGCACCACCACCCUGUGCUUCCUAUCUUCCAGACGGUUCGCAUCCCGCACAACAAGACGCAGCUAGCUGCGCUCGCCCAGGACGAUCCCUUCCUCCUUUCGGCGAUUGUGUGCGUCGCAAGCCGACAUCAUCCCGCGCCUGGAAUGAAGGAGGUGCACGAGCAGACGUAUGCGCUGGUGCGCGACGUGCUGGCCGACUAUGCGUGCGCGGGCUGGCAACCCUCCAUCGGUUUCGUGGAGGGUGUCCUCAUCCUGGCUGAGAACCUGCCUCGCGAGCGACAAAGUGCGACUUCCGCCGACUUCUCGGGACCCGCGAUGGCAGGUCCGCAGGGCCUGCACGGACUGGAGAACCGACGCGCGUGGGCGUUGACUGGCACAGCGAUUCGUGCAGCCUACGGGUUGGGGCUAGACCAACUCGCCCUCGAGGACGGCGAGCGGAACGCGGAUCUUGAACGCGCCCGCGGCGUCUGGACCUGGUGCUACCUGUAUGACCGCACAUUAGGCCUGCGCACAGGCCUGGCUUUCUGGUCUCGCGGGCCGACGAUUUGCUUCCAGGGCUACUCGGACAUUGCGCAGACCGGCGAGGCAGCCGCGCGCGUCAAUUUCCCCUACAUGAUGCAGGGAGAAGUGGUGGACGCCAACGACAGCGCGUCAAUGAUGCAGGCGACGCUCGAGCUCACACAAAUCAUGACGAAUGCACACGACAUUCUGUUUUCAACGCCGUCGCGCACCAAGAACCUCGUGCGCAAAGGCGAGUACUUCAAGUUUUUGGACCACUUCCGCCGCGCGCUCGACUCGUUCACUCUCGCGUGGAGGAACAAGGUGUGGCGGCUGGAGAGCACGCGCGAGCUCACAUGGUGCACGUACCACUUUGUGCGACUCUAUGUGGCGGCAUUUGCGUUCCAGGCGCACGUGCAGCGUGCGCAGGAGCGCGGUGAGGCAGAGAGAGGUAGUCCCCGGCAGAACGGUGUCGGUUCGAUCUUCCCGCGUGGGAGCGCAACUUCGCCCGACGCGCUGUUCAUCUACGACUCGAUUGAUGCGGCGGCCGAGAUCCUCAACAUCUGCAUUCGACUAGGCGAGCGCGGCGUGAUCCAGUACCUCCCGAGCCGCUACCUCAUCAACUUUGCGUACAGCGGCACGUUUGCACUGAAAGCAGCCUACUCGGGCGCAACCGGCAAGGAGGAGGUGGCGCGGACGACGGAUCUCGUCGAGCGCGUAUGCGCGGCACUCCUGCACGCGUCGCCGGACAAGGACCAUCCUGCGUCGCGGUACGGGCGCAUGCUGAGCCUCCUGUCGCGGCGGCUGGGCGAGCUCGGCGACAGUGCGGUGCCGUCCCGCUACCCGUCGCCUGAACCUGUCGUGGAGAAGCCCCCCGAGAUGCCUGAUCCUGCGCUGUUUGGGCUCGAUCAAGCGGCGCUGUUUGACGACAUGGGGGUGGGGUUUAACCUUGACGGCUUCUGGGAGGACUUUACGCUCACGGACGCGGGAGGGUUCCCGUUCCGUUAGGAAAGCGCAGUGGAAGAGGGGCGCAGGAAGCGGAGAGGCCGUUGUCUAGACUAAGCAAGGCAUGUACACAGUUGUAUGU